CCCACAGGUAGACCAGAGGUGGUUAUUAGCAGGAGGUGGGCUCGCCUAGCCUCUCCUCUGAAGGAGCGAACCUCAGCAGGUCGGAGCAGCACGGAAACAGGAGCAAUACUCAUAAAGGCUGGUUACGGUGUUCCAACAUGUACGCUGAUACAUGCACUACCCUUCUCUUCACUUUGCUGCUCCUUCCAGUCCAACAUGCUGCCUCUGUGCAGGAGAUCCAAACCAACCAUGAGAACAUAGCAAAAAUCAACUCAGCUGCACAAAUGAUGCAGUGCUCAUCAGUCAUGGACAUCCUCUUUCUCAUGGAUGGAUCCUACAGUAUCGGGAAGGGAACCUUCGAGAGGUCCAAACAUUACGCAGUCAAGCUGUGCGAUGGCCUAGAUGUUGCUCCGGAUAAGGUGCGAGUGGGUUUGAUUCAGUUUGGAACCGUUCCCAGGUUUGAGUUUACUCUGGACUCGUACUCCACCAAACAGGAGCUGAAGAAACACAUAAAGAAGAUUUCAUACAGAGGAGGCAGCACCCAGACAGGCUUGGCUCUAAAAUACAUCCUGAGGAAAGGUUUUCCAGGUGGCCGCAACUCCUCCAGCGUCCCCCGUGUGGCCAUCCUCUUGUCUGAUGGGAGGUCUCAGGGCAGCGUGGUCCAGGCGGCUGCGCAGCUUAAAGAGAAGGGCGUGGUCCUGUUUGCUGUCGGCCUGCGGUACCCCAAAUGGGAAGAACUGCAUGCCCUUGCCAGUGAGCCACAAGAAAGUCACGUCUUCUUUGCAGAGCAUUUCUUUGAUGCUGUUAACGGCCUGUACAGCACACUGAGCAUGUUCUCUUUCUGCAACGCCACACCUGCAGGUUGUCAGGUGGAAACCUUCCCCUGUGAGAGAAAGACUCUGGAGACAGUCAAAGAACUACAGGGGAAUUUUAUGUGCUGGAAAGGUUCCAGGGGAUAUUCCCCAUAUACGUCGCUCUGCCCUUACUACAGGUAUAGUCGAGUUUACAGGAGACACCAGACUGUGUGCCAUCGGACCAUUUGUUCAGAUCCCUGUGACUCUCAGCCGUGUAUGAACGGUGGAUCAUGUGUGUCAGAAGGUCUGGAGCUCUACCACUGUGUGUGCCCACCUGGAUAUGGGUCAGACCCGCACUGUGCUCCUGCUUUAUCCUUGGACUGCUCCAUUGAUGUGCUUUUCCUACUGGAAGGCUCUACCGCUCUGACGUUAGAAGGCUUCCUUCGUAUCAAAUCCUUCUUAAAGCGCUUCCUGCAGACUGUCAUUGGCUCUGACAGCCCCAGUAAAGUGGGCCUGGCUGUGUUCGGCGGGGAGACCAGAGUUGAAGCUCAGGUUGGGAAAUUUAAAGGAAACACCAGGAGUCUCCUCGAGGCUCUGGAUUCACUGCAACCGCCCGGAGGCUUGGCCUUGACUGGCCAGGCGCUGCGGCAUGUGACCCGGCAUGGCUUUGUGAGCGAGCCUGUCUUUGCAGAUGUCUCAGAUGACCUCCCGCAUGUUGUGGUGCUGCUCGCCGCCACUCCUGCUGCCGACGAGGUGGUCGAGGCCGCAAAAUAUGCACGAGAUAGAGAGAUCUUCCUGAUUGGGGUGGGACCGCACAGACUGAGGGGAGAGCUGAAUAAUAUCACAGGAAAUCCUCAGAGGACUCUAACAUAUCAAUCACCUGACAGGCUCAUCGGAAAGAUACCUGAGCUGAAGGCCAAGAUCUGCAGCGUGGAUACACAAGGGUGCCUGGGGCAGGCGGUGGAUCUGGUGUUUGCUCUGGAUGCAUCAGCUGGAGUUGGCCGUGAAAACUUUGCUACCCUGCAGGACUUUGUGCGCAGCAUCUCCGUUCAGUUCGACAUCAGCCGCGACGUGGCCCAGGUGGCCUUGGUAGCCUACAACCGCAGAGCCAUCACUGUGUUUGGCCUGGACGCCCAUGAGAGCGGCUCCGCCAUCCUGGAGGCUGUGGGGGAAGCCAGCUACAUGGGUGGAGGGGUGUCGUCAGGUACAGCACUGCUCCACAUCUACUCCAAAGUGCUGACUGUAGCCAACGGUGCCAGACCGGGGGUCAACAAGGCCGUGGUGGUGGUGACCGACGGCUCGGGUGGAGAUGAUGCCGUUGUGCCAGCUCAGAAGAUAAGAGACAGCGGCGUUUCAGUUUUUGUGGUCGGUAUUGGAGACAUGCAGAGGGACAAAGUGAUGCUGAUCGCAGGUUCAGAGGAGUACAUGAUCUCUGUGCCAUCUUAUGAGGAUCUCAAGUACUUUGAGGACGUGCUGGUUCAGAUGCUGUGCUCAGAGGUGAAGAAACCUCCGAACCUGUGCAAGCCAAACCCUUGCAUGCAUGACGGGGUCUGCAUCCUCUCAGGAGGAAGCUUCAGAUGUCAGUGUCAAGGCUAUGAGGGACUACACUGUGAGAAACGAAGCAGCAGGUCCUCAUCCAGAGGGGAUUUUCCAAAACCUGUUGGUCUGAGAAAGAAGAGCAGACAGAAGAAGAGCCACCAGGAGCUGCUGUAUCACUACAAACUACAUCGCCGGAGACACACUGCCUGAAACUCAACAACUAUGCAGAGAGAAAAAAAAAUGGUGUGAGCGCUUAAAAAUAUGGGAUGUUUGUGCAGUAAGAGAAAACUGAUUCAUUUUUCUGUAUUUAAUAUUUGUCACAGUGGCAGCAUGAGCUUUGUGUUUAUCUCAUUUCUGUCACCGCUUGUUUAAGUAAAGUUUUUUAUUUCCUC